UUUUUUUGUUUAAUUCUAGGUACAGACGAUCAAUUAAAUAUGACCCCUAAAACAGGCGGAUCAGUGGCUGGCUUGUCCGAAGUAGAAAAUACCAAUAGUCCAUCAAAUGUAAUGAACAGUCAGUUACCCAGAGCAAAAUCUUGUGCUGGGUGCGGAGCUAAAAUUGUCGAUAAAUUCCUCCUAUAUGCUAUGGACCGCUACUGGCACACCGGCUGUUUGAAAUGUGCGUGCUGUCAGGCUCCGCUUGGCGAAAUCGGUUCCUCCUGUUUUACCAAAGCUGGAAUGAUUCUUUGCAGAAACGACUAUAUCAGAUUGUUCGGAGUGGGUGGUACGUGCUAUACAUGUGGACAGACCAUCCCAGCCAAUGAAAUGGUGAGACGUGUACAAGGGAACGUUUACCACUUGAAAUGCUUCACGUGCGUCACAUGUCAUAACCAACUGGUGACGGGGGAUCGAUUCAGCAUCGUGAACGGUAACCUGGUGUGCGAGCAGGACUAUCCGAAAGUCUUAAAAGGACAUGUACAGUUACCGAACAGGAACAAUCAUAAAGUUGGCUGGAUACAUUCUUAGAUUCACUUAUCAAUAUUGAUGAUAAUUCUAAUUAAUAAUAAUAAUAAUUAUUAUUAUUAUAAUUAUGGGGAGGAUUUCAUUUAUUACCACAAGGGUGACAGAUUAGCGGACACGAGGAUAAUAAUUAUUAUUAUUCAUAAAAUUUAUGAAAACAAAAGAAAAAUUAUAAUGAAGAAAACACAAAACUAAGCAAAAAACAAUUCAGAUAAAAUAUUACAAAAUAACAAACAAAAAAAAACUAUUAAUGCUGAUGAUUAUGAUUAUCAUUGUGAUGAAGUUGAUUAAAAAAUAUGGAGGACAAAUUGGCGUUAAUUCGUUAGAGCACAGUGCAAAACACCUUGCAUGAAUCCGUGUCUAUGUGAGCAGUGCCCGUAUGUUUUGUGUGCGUGUAUGUGUGUGUUUGUUUUACUGUUGCCCGUUAACGUAUUGCCAUGAUUCGACGACUGAAUGAAACGUAGCUUCAUUCAAGAAAGAACAGUAAAAAAAAAAACCUUAAACUUACAAUAAAACAAAGGCAAACGAAAA